AUGAAUACAUCAACAUGGGUUAAUCUAUUACAUUCAAUGAUAUGGGAUUCAUAUGAUCAUUUUAAAGAUUGGCUUCAUUCAGCACGUUUAUUAGAUUUUUCUCGUUUUUUACCAACAAUAUUUUGUACGUGUCGAUAUGGUCUCAAAGAAUUUGCAUGUGUUCAUGCAGUUGGUAUGAUGAUGUUGUGGGGUACUAGACAAAUGCCACAAGCACUUGGAAAACAUCGAGGAAAAGGUCAUCCGAAAAGAGUAAGAUAUUCUAUUUCAGAAGGAAAACAAAUGGUAAAUGAAACGUUAGCAACAUCAGAUAUUCAAUCAACGACAGGUAGUGAUGAAUAUCCAUUCUCUGUAACAGGAAAACGCUACUCCGUGACACGACAUUACCUCGAACGACAAUACCUCGAACGACAUUACGGCGAAGACUCGUUUAUUGGAAAAGAACAAUAA